AUGCCUCUCCCUGUCCCCCUCCCCGCCAUCCCGCUCCCCCUCCCCCUGUCAGCCCCAAUCCUCCUCCUCCUCCUCCUCCUCCUCCCCCUCCUCCCCACCGCCAGCUCGUCCCACCCCUCCCCCGACCCCCCAGGCUUCCACCUCCUCAACCUCACCCACAUCCCCAUCAGCACGACCGGCACGAACGACAUGCACAACGGCAGCAUCUCCUUCACUCUCGCCGCAAAGGCCGACAACACGUACGCCUCGCACGAGUGCGCGCACGCGUUCGUCGCGCCGGCGGACGCGCGGGCGGCGGGGGGCCCGUUCGCGUGCAGCGAUGCGUGGCCGGAUUUGUUGUUUUAUUGGCGGGAGGGUGGGGAUCAGGGGGGUGUAGGGAGUGCAGGGGGUGGGAGGGGGAGGGGGACGAGGGGAGAGGGGGACGAGGGGGACGGAGGGGAAGGGAUUGGGGCUGGGGCUGGGGCUGGGGCUGGGGCUGGGGGUGUGGUGUUGGAGAUCUGGUAUGCGUAUUUGGAUUGCCGACCGAACGGCGGCGCGGUAUCGGAAUCGGGCAGCCUGACGCUUCCUCCACCCACAUCAACCGGCACCUUCGCCGACGGCAGUCGCACAUGGGACGUCGUGCACGUACCCAUACAAACGGCCAGCUCGACUGCAUGGUUUCCAGGGCAGUACGAGGAGGUUUGUUUGGGUCAGUGA